AUGUCUCCACCACCGGUGACACCAUCGCCUCACCGCUUCGUCAUAAAGAACCCUAGCCGGCCCGCCUCAAGCCAACAUGCACCCCAGUCCAGCGCGCCUCAGUUUAAGGCCACACCGAGAUUCUCUUUUGCAGCCUCGCAGGGCGCAGGAAUUAUUGGAUCUCAGCAUGCUGUGAACACGCCUCGAUUUAAUACGGCUGCCAGCAUGGGGGUGAGCGGACAUCGUGGAAAGGACGAUGAGCAGGAUGAUCACGUGGCAAGAUUAAAUGAAAGGCGUCGAGCGGCAUAUGCGGAUUUACACUCACAGACAUGGGAGGAUGAUGAAGAGGUAGCCUUUCAAAGCCCGGCAUUGAAACGGAGGAGGCUGAGCUUGGAACCGAUUCUCAGCUCCCAGCCUUGCGAUGGUGGAAAUUAUGGCGAUACCAAUGUUGACUUCGAGGAUGAGGAUGAAGAGCUUGACCAACAGAAGCAUGGUCAUGGAAUGGAUGAUGACUUUGAAGAUCUGCUCGCUAUGGAGCCGCCAACUUUGUCGUCACCACCUCCUCCAGCUUAUCGCCCUCCUCCCAGUGCUCCGCGCUUCGUCCUCUCGACACCUUCGAAGCCCACUUCGUCCACACCUGCUCCUAUUGAAUCCGCCGAUGCUUUCCUCCGACCACCACGCUUCAAACCUCCGGACGAAGAACGCGAAGCAGCUGUGGAGCCUCUCCCAGAGCAUUUCUCCCCGCGACGGAGGGGGCAGAAAUUCUUGGCCGGAGGCCUGGCUGCGGAGGUUAGAGGCUGGCUUGUCGACCGUGAAAGUCAGGCGGCGAGGAGUGCCAGGAAUCCUGUUCGAGAAGAUGGAUGGAAGAUCAAGAUUGCGGUGGAUGAAGUUACAGGAGGCUAUGGGGCUGGGAUGACUCUUGUCAGGGGUCGUCGGGUGGGCAGCAACAGUUAUGAGGGGGGGGGUGUAUACCCGAUUCGUAUGAUGCUGGGAGGAGAGGAGGGAAUGAGUGAGGGCAUUAGAAAGGGAGAACAAGCGGCAGUGGGAAAGGUGGUUGGUGUUAAGGGACCUGCUUGGGAGGUCGAUGUUGAUGCAACCGUCCUGACAUUAACCUCCAUAUUCCUGCCUAACUGGCUUACAAUCGAUUCGCCAAUCAGUCCAGAUGAUCGUCUCAGGAUAACAUACGGCCUCCAUCGCGCCUGCAGCUCCCUCACCAACUCAUGCCGCCCCUUCCCGUCCUCGACAGACUGCCUCGCGCCCUUUUCAGAUGGACCCAAUUUCUGCACCAUCUGGCGCUCCGCGGCUUUCUUGAUGUCGUUUACUGGUAUCCUUGAAAUCGUCACACUCAUCACAUUCGGUAUUAUACUUGCAGGUGGCCUACAAAAACGGGCGGAGGGAUGGAAGGUGCUGGUGGGCUUGAUGGGAGUGGUGGUGCUUGGGCAGGUGGCGAGCACAGCGAUGAUUGCGUAUCUGUUGGAUUAUGAUGAGAGGUUCUUCCCUGGGUGGGAGUUGGGGCAGAGCUGGGUUAUGGGGACGGUCAGCUGGGCUGUCGUGCUGUGCACGGCUGGUGGAGUGGGCGUUGCGAGCUAUCUCUUGCCUCUUGAGGGAGGAUAUGAGUUGAUCCCCAGUGAGAGGGCCAAUAAUUAA